UACCCAGCAGGCAACGCUUCUGUCUCGGGUUGAAAUGGCGAGUAGGCCUGCCGUUGCAGCAUCAAGCAAAUGGCUGGAGGGUAUUCGAAAAUGGUAUUACAAUGCUGCCGGGUUCAAUAAGCUGGGCUUAAUGCGAGAUGAUACAAUAUAUGAGAGUGAUGAUGUAAAAGAAGCCAUAAGAAGGCUUCCUGAGAACCUUUAUAAUGACAGGGUGUUUCGCAUUAAGAGAGCACUGGACCUGACCAUGAGGCAGCAGAUCUUGCCUAAAGAGCAGUGGACAAAAUAUGAGGAGGAUAAAUUCUACCUUGAACCAUAUCUGAAAGAGGUUAUUCGGGAAAGAAAAGAGAGAGAAGAAUGGGCAAAGAAAUAAUCAUGUAGUCUAAAUCUGGAUGCAGCUAUCCUAAAGUAUUUUUAUGAAGUUGGUUAAACCUGAAAUGGACAAUGUAGAACUAUCUGGGCUGUAAAUGUAUUACUUUAAAUAAAUCUCUAUUAUAAUUGUUGGAGUUUUGGAAUUCUAAA